UCCUCGCUGCUGACCGUGUGGUCUCUCCAUCCAGCUCUGCAGGAGAAUUUGGACAGACAGCUGUUCGGCCAGCACCUGGUGAACAAGGUGGUUGUAAAGGCCGUGAAGGGCUUCUUGAACAACAGCAACGCCAAAAAGCCUCUUGCCCUUUCCUUGCACGGGUGGACUGGAACAGGCAAAAACUUUGUCAGUAAGAUAGUCGCCGAAAGCAUUUAUGAAAGAGGUCUGCAGAGUAAAUAUGUCCAUCAGUUCGUGGCAACUUUACACUUCCCUCACGCUCGCAGCAUCAACGUCUACAAGGACCAGUUGCAGUCGUGGAUUCGGGGAAACGUGAGCCUCUGUCCCAGAUCACUCUUCAUAUUUGAUGAAAUGGAUAAAAUGCAUGCAGGACUCAUUGACUCCAUCAAGCCGUUCCUGGACUACUAUGAGCUUCUGGAUGGGGUGUCUUACCGACAAGCCAUCUUCAUAUUCCUCAGCAAUGCAGGAGCUGAAAAGAUAACAGAGGUGGCACUAGAUUUCUGGAGAAACGGGAGGACAAGGGAAGAUAUACAGCUCACAGAUAUCCAAAAUGCACUCUCUGUGUCUGUCUUCAAUAACAAAAAUAGUGGAUUUUGGCACAGCACCUUGAUUGACAGAAAUCUCAUUGACUACUUUGUUCCCUUCCUGCCUCUGGAAUACAAACAUGUGAAAAUGUGUGUCAGGGUUGAGAUUGAAUCACGUGGCUAUGCUGUGGAUGAAGACAUUUUAACCAGAAUAGCCGACGAGAUGACCUACUUCCCUAGAGAGGAGAGAAUUUAUUCAGAUAAAGGAUGUAAAACUGUGGAUGCAAAGCUGGAUUAUUACUAUGACUUCUAAUGCUUUAUUGCUACAACCUGCAAAGAAGCAAAUUUAACUUAAUCACAAAGUGGAGAACCCGCGACAUUUCAUUUUUAAGUACUUCUUAAAGAAAGGAACGUUAUUUUUUAACUGGUGUAGAAAUAAGUGGCAGUGCCUCUGCAUUUUUAUUCUGUCACUAGUCAUGGCUCCCAAGUACUUCAGCCUUGUGUUGUCAAGGUAAGAACAAACUGCAUUGUGAAUGUGGGGGUCUGUGUCUGAUAGUGCUGAAGAUUCCUCUCAGAUUGUGUG